AAAUAAAUAUUCAGUCUCAGUUGCCUUCCUGUGAGCAUCACAACCUGCAGCACAAAAUCUUCCAGGAGAUAAUGGCAGAUCCUUCAGUGGUGGAUCACCUGACACGACUGAAACUCAAACUCUUAGAAAAGAGACUAGAAAAUGAACAGGAGAACCUCGAGAAGAUGGAGUUGUCUCUCCCAGCUGCAAGGAAUGUGCUCCAAAGUGCCCUGAGGCACAGGAAAGACCUGCUGCAGGAGCUUAGGGAGCAGCACCUUCUGGAAGAGCUUUCCCAGCCACCUGCACCACCUGGGGGAUAUGACCACAGAGCUGCCCUCCCACAAGUCUACCAGAUCCCUUUUCCAGAUUCCCAAGUGGAGCCACCAAGGAUUAUCCAGCAGACAGUGCCAGCUCAGCCUGCCACCAUCAUCCAGCAGCUGCCCCAGCCAUCCCCUGUGAUCACACAGAUUCCCCCAGCCCUGCCCUUGGCUGCCCCCCGCUCUGGGAGCAUUAAAGAAGAUAUGGUGGAGAUGAUGCUGAUGCAGAAUGCUCAGAUGCACCAGAUCAUGAUGCAGAACAUGAUGCUGAAGGCUGUGCCACUGGCAAUGCUCACACAGCCUGGGGGAGCCAGCUCUGCCCUGCCCCAGCACACACAGCAGGACCUGCAGCCUGCUGCUCCCCUGGCUGUGAGAGCAGACAGGCCCAAGGCACCUGUGGUGCACCACCACCACCAUUACCCUCCCAUGGGGGUGCUCCCCGAGCCCCCCAGGAGCCUCCUGUCCCCAUCCAUGGCACAGCACUGGACCAGCAGCUCUGCCCAGCCUAUGUGGCCCACACACUGA